CUCUGUUAUCGUUUCCAUCCCCCCCCUUUUUACCAUCACGUUUUUGCCUCUCUUGGACAGCUUUUUUGUGCGAGAACGGGUGACGUUUUCCCGUCACCAUGCCUUGGGUGACUUGUUCGCCGGGGAUGCGCAAGCUGCGUAAUCCGAUGGAGGAGGAGGAGUCGGGCAGACGGUGCUUGCCACGUGUCAGCAGUUGGAUGAGGCAGACGCCAUUUCACCCGGAGCGCUGCCGGCGGCUCUUGCUGACAGCGAUGUCUCGUCUUCCUCAUGUCGAGCAUCAACGGCAAAAAGCGAUGGAGUGCAGGAGGAGGGAGGUGGCCGACGCUCUGAGGAACGGUCAGAUCACGACGGCGAUGAUGAAGGUAGAAGCUUUGAUGGUCGACGAGGCCUUCGUCGAGGGACUUAAGCUCUUGAGAGAAGUAGCCAACGUCUUCGCCAGUCGGAUCAUGCAUGUAGCCGUCUUUAAGCAGUGCCCGACGGAUAUGAGAGAGACGGUCAACACUUUGACCUUUGCGGCAUUGGUCUGUCAGAGCUAUGUUGGGGAAUUCGAAGGCUUUCUGGUGGAGAUGGAGAGGAAGUAUGGGAAGAUGUUCGUCGCAAAGAUCAAAGCCGAGGUCCCGGGACUGCCCAUCAACAAGGACGUGAGGGACAGAUUAGGAAUGGAUAUAAACGCAGUGCCGCACGGGAUAAGAUACGCCAGGCUGGAGGAGAUCGCGAGCGAGACGGGGAUCAGGUUGCACGAGAGCGCGCAGAUGGGAUGGCGGAGUUUCCUCAGCUGAAUGAGAGGUGAGUCGGGAUGGGAGUAUGGGGAUGGUGGGAUCGGAUGGGAUGGGAGUAUGCGGAGGGGAGGGGAGGGGAUGGGAUGGGAGGGCGGAGUUUCCGCAGCUGAAUGAGA